GCAGAUAAUCAGAACGACCGAAGAAACCACAGAAUAAAAAAAGAAACCGUGUUGCCAUCCAUCCGAUCCCCCAUUCCCCGCAAGAUCCCCUCUUUCGUUUGUUCGACUACGCUUGCUUCCUCCUUCCUCCUUCCUCUUUCCAUCCAUCCAUUAAAAAGGUCUUGUUUCAAGCCAAAGCUUAGAUUCUCAGCAGACCUUUUCUGCUCAAAGCUCUCGCUACUUUGUUGUGUUUUUUCUUCACGUGCUCAUUUAUCUGUGGCUUUCAUUUAAGCAGAUUCAAUUUUUUUUCGUAAUUUCGACCGAAGCUUCUAGGAAUCUAAGGGCUUUUAAGUGUUUUUAGGCUCUGGUAAAUUGGGUCUGGGUUUGUCUGUGUCUCUCCGGCCUUGGUUGAAGGCGAAGGUUGCGUUUGGUUUGAUUAGUGUAUGUUUUUUUGGAUGGAAACAUGAGUGAUUCCUCGAGUAAAGCAACUGGUCUAACAAAAGAUGUCGAGACGGAGCUACCGCUGCAUUCAGACACGUCAGUAGAAGAAGAUUGGGAAUCUAUUGCAGAUCACACACCUGAUGAAUUGCUCUCGUCACAAUCUUUGCCUGAAGUAUCAAAACUAUCUUUGGAAGAUACCAAAGCUCAGACCCCUAAGCGACGUGGAAGAGGAACAUUUUCAUAUAAGAAACAUGAACUUUACAGUGAUCAAGUAUCUGAUAAGUUAAUUGUUGAUAAUGAUACACCAGACGAUGAAAAUGUGUCCCAUAAUUUGGAGGGGGAUCCAAAAGUAAUAAAAUCAAAAUAUGGAACACAACAUAUUCUUGUUCUGGCUGACUUUCCACCAAGCACUACGACAAUAGAGUUGGAGAAGCUUUUUGUGAAUAUUAGAGAUCCUGGAGUUAUUAUUCGCUGGGUCAAUGAUACAGUUGCUCUUGCAGUUUUCCAAACACCGUCAAUUGCACUCGAAGCUCUUAGCUGCGUUCGAUGUUCUAUGACAGUGCGAGUGCUUGAAGAGAAUGAUUUCCUUUUGAGCUCAAUUUCACCGAAAGAUCUGGAACCUCCUCGACAAAGGCCACAGACAUCAGCUAGAACUGCUCAGAGGCUCAUUGCUCAUGGAAUGGGACUGAAACUACCUUCCACGGCCUUUGGGUCAAAUGAUUUAAAGAAACAGGAAGAUGAUCGAAAGAGCCGCAUAGUCAUGAGGCAAAAGUUGAAAGAUGAUGCUUGGGGUACAGAUGAAAAUUAAUAUUUUUCUUACAUGACAAAUACUUUGCUCCGUUCCUUUUCGAUCUGUAUAUGACCUCUGUAGCUUAAAGGGUCUCUGUAUUUGGUCUUGUAAGCACACAUAAUCAAUUUCAAUGCUAGAAAAACUUGAGUGGCUUGCAUAUAUAUGGUUUCGGAAUGCGUGGUUGACUUAACUCGAAGAAAUUGCAUCUUA